AUGGAUCGACCGCCUUCGAGGUCGCGAGCUCCCAUGAGCAUGGAGGCCCUGCUUGAUGAAGAGAACAGAGAAGUCCUAGCUGCCCUUGAUCGAAAACGACCCUCCAGUCCCGUUCCCAGGUUCAAACCCCCCAGGACCGCCACCCCGCCGCCUGUCCGCAGCAUGCUCGACGUGGAUUCUCCGACUCCUCGACAUGGCUCCAUAGCGGGCAUCGGGGUUGGGGUCACGAGCCCAGAUCCAUCCAGAAAGUCUGCCAAAGAAUUGGAUCCUUCUGAUCCCAGUAGCUGGACCUCACCUCAUUCCAGCAAACCGAGCUCCCCCGUUCUCACCAAGACCUCUCCAGUGACCACGAGACAACGGCACUCAUCAGAGUCUGAGCGGCCGGUGGGGUUGCCAAAGAUACAAGCGGACGGGAAGCGAGGAUUUGAGCAAAACUAUCAGUUCGAUAUCUCCUCAAUACCUUCAUCCUCAUCUGCAUCGCGAUCCGCCCCAGAUAAUAAGAGGCCACGUGAGGGUUCGGGUUCCGCCAUGGCUGCUGCAUUGGCAGGGGAUCUCGCUUCCCUUCAUGUAGGCAUCGCAGGAGGGGGACAGGGAAGACACAAUUCCACCGUGGCCGCGGGUGCUAGUUCAAGAUCUCCAUCCUCGCGCAUUCGAAAGCCUGAACCCCCAAAAGCAGGAUUCCUCAGCCCCACCAGCCCACCAGGUGCCUUGACGACGAAAUCCGGAACUGUUGUGGACGAUCAGGCACACCUUCGGCUGUCGUCAGGUAGCUUCUCAACCGCGACCGAAGAUUCAGAAGAAGGAUUUGAUCGUUUCACCAAGGACCGCCUUGCGGACGACGAGGAUGCUGUGGAUGACAGUGAUGAGGAUGUCAUGUCUCCCAGUAGCGAUGAAGACGAGACUAGGGGUCGGUCUGAACGACGAAAACUGUCAGCCACCGAUGAAGUGGUCGACGCAAAGUCCCCUGGUACGAAUGGUGCUUCGUCAUCCCCAGAUGUCAAGAGACCCUCUCACUCGCAGCAAUUUGUCAGGUCGUUACUUGAACCAUCCAUUUCCAUCACUAGUCCCGCUGGGGAAAACGUGACAGACCAGAAAGGCGGUACAAGCACACCUAUUAGGCGUUCGUCUGUGACGUCGGCAGAGGAUGAGGAUGAUGAUGAAGCUGCUAUCAGGAAGGCCAAAACUCUGGCGUUGAACAUAUCACCGCUCGACACCACAGUGGCCGACCGGCAUGUGCGCAUUAUUCUGCGCGGAAACUGGGCCCAUUUCUACCAAGAGUCGGAGGUCGGCAAAAGAACGGCAAGACUCUACCUACUUUGCACCGAUCAAAGCGUCGAAGCAAGCUAUGCUAUGGAAUGGGUUGUGGGCACCAUGAUGAGGGACGGGGAUACUCUCCUUGCUAUCUACGCGAUAGAGGAUGAAAGUUCAGGGAAGGCCACCGAAGCCGAGAGAGAAGUCCUGACAGCCGAAGGCAGCAAGGCUGGAAAGGACGCUUCACACGUCAUGCAGGCUCUGACCCGCCAGACAACCCAGGGAGGUGGCACAAGUUUCGGACUAGGAAAGGAAGCACAGUAUAUUCCAGCGACCGAAGUCGAGAGUCUGACUGGUAGCGUCGACGCAAGAAAAGUCUCCAAGAAAGAAAUGGAGCGUCUAAAGGCUGUUGAGGGCCUGACACAGGAUUUUGUCAAGUUGGUCCGCAAAACGCCACUGCAAGUGAGGUGCAUGGUCGAGGUCAUACAUUGCAAGAGUCCCAAACAUUUGAUUCUUGGAGCGAUUGACGAGCUUGACCCUACUCUCUGCGUUGUGGGCACACGUGGCCGCAGUUCUCUUAAAGGCGUCCUCCUUGGUUCCUUCUCCAACUAUCUCGUCACCAAGUCCUCGGUGCCAGUCAUGGUUGCACGUAAGAAAAUGAAGAAAACACACUCAAACGUGCGCAUCAGCAGCUCCAAAAUCCGUCUAUCCAACAAUUUGAUGGCCAGCCAUCUGCCCCUCAAACGAAAAAGCUUGCAACAGGCGAGAAUUGAUUAG